AUGACCAAAUGCUCACCAAAAGAUGCUUAAUUUAUCAAAGUUGUUUCUUAAGAUGACUAAAUCACUUUAGUAAAGGUAGAAACAAAAUCUAUGAAAUUAGAAGAUAAACCACCUUAAAACUAUCUCAUUUUUAGUUACAGACUGUACACAUAUUAUUACGAUAACCUUUAAAAUUGCUUUUUUCCAAUAUAAUUUGCAUUAAGUCUCUUAACAAAUAAUCAAAUCUACUAGUAACACGGGUUUGGGGUUUCAAGUGAAUCCAAAUAUAAUGAACUAAUCUCUAUUUAUGGAUAGAAUAAUACAGAAAUUCCAGAUAAAUCUACACUGAAGAUAUUUAUAGAUGAAGUUCUUUCCCCAUUCUACAUUUUUUAGGUGUUUAGUAUAGUCCUUUGGAUGCUUGAACCAUAUUAUUAUUAUGCUAGUAUUAUCUUUUUUACAUCUGCUCUCUCUUGUAUUGUUAGCCUAAUCGAAACUAAAAAUAAUUACAAAAAACUCAGAGAAAUGAGCUUCUUCGAAACUGAAGUCUGUGUUUAUAGAGGAGUAUCUUGUUUCAUUAAACUGAAAGGAGGUUUUACGAUUGAUAGAGCAAUUUCAAAUCACAAGAAAAAAAUUAGUUCAUUAGAUUUAGUUCCAGGAGAUAUUAUAGAAAUUCCAGAUGGAUAAAUUCUUCCCUGUGAUGUUAUUCUUCUAAAUGGUUCAAGUGUCAUGAAUGAAUCUAUGCUAACUGGCGAAUCUAUCCCAAUUAUUAAAUCAGCAUUACCAUUUAAUAAUAAUAAAUAUCAUCCAAAUGAAGAUGGAAAACAAUCUACUCUUUUUGCUGGUACAAAAUGCAUUGAAGCAAGAUAUCACUUAAAAGGAUAAGUUCCUAUUUUAGGAUUGGUAAGCUCAACUAGCUUUAACACUAUGAAAGGUUAAUUAGUUAGAUCUAUCUUAUAUCCCAAAUAAAACUCUUUCUCUUUCUAUGUUGAUUCUUUGAAAUUUAUAGCAGUUUUAGCACUUAUUUCGAUUUUAGGAUUCUUCUUUUCCCUUCCAUUUUUAAUUAGAGGAUAUCAGUUAGAUUUCAUCGAUCUUAAAGAUUUUAUUUUAAAUAGCUUAGAUCUAAUUACAAUUACAGUUCCUCCUGCUUUGCCUACAUGUUUAUCAAUAGGUAUUUCAUUUGCUAUUUCUAGACUUAGAAAGAAAUAAAUAUAUUGCAUUUCACCACCUAAAGUUAAUAUCAGUGGUAAAGUUACAAUUAUGUGUUUCGAUAAGACUGGUACUCUUACUGAAGAAGGCCUUGAUAUGUAUGGAGUAAGAUCAGUAAUUUACUAGGGACCUGGUAGAAUUAAAUUUGCUAAACUUGAAGAAGAGACUUACAGACUUGGCUUCAAUAAAGAUUUAAAAUAAAAUAAUAAAUCUGAGCAUGAAAUUUAAUAUGGAGAAGGAAAUCCUUAUUGCCUAAUUGGAGAUCCAUAAGUUAUUCUUAAAGAAUGCAUGGCAAGCUGUCAUGGUAUAACAAGAAUUAAAGGUGAAUUAAUUGGAGAUCCGCUAGAAGUAAAAAUGUUUGAAGCUACUGAGUGGGAGCUGAUAGAAUAAAAUCUUGGUGAUUAUAAAGAGCUAGUUUUAGCUGUUGUCAAAUCUGCAAAAGGAGAUUGCUUUGGGGAUUUCAAAAUCUAAGAAACACUUUAUCAAAAUACUUAAGCACAAACAUAACUUGGCAUUGUCAAAAGAUUUGAAUUUUCAUCAAAGCUUUAAAGAAUGAGCACAAUUGUGAAAAAUUUAGAUUUUGAUUCAGAUUUUUACAAGCUUUUCGUGAAAGGCUCUCCUGAAAAGAUAUUCGAGCUCAGUAAUCCUUAAACUAUUCCUUAAAAUUUUCAUGAUGUAUUAGAUUUUUAUGCAAGAAAGGGUUUCAGAGUUCUUGCAUUUGGUGUUAAAGUACUGAAAAUGAAUUAAAAUUAAAUUCAAAAACUUGAAAGAGAUGAAGUAGAGAAAGAUUUGACGUUUGCUGGUCUUUUAAUUAUGGAAAACAAAUUAAAACUUAUAACUACAUCAAUUAUCGAAGAACUUUAGGAGGCUAAUAUUCGUACAAUUAUGGUAACAGGUGAUAAUGCGCUAACAGCAAUUAGUGUUGGAAGAUAAUGUAAAAUUAUAGAUGAAAGCAAGAGAGUUUACUUUGGUGAUUUGAGUGAUGAUCCAGCUCAAAAAGAUAGGAUUGUUUGGAAAGAUUUUGAAAACGGUAAAAGGUAUCUAAAUGAGGAUGAUCUUGAACCUGCAAAUGGGGUAGCCGAAUACGAAGAAAAAUAAAUACCUGAAAUUUAGGAAGAGUAAAUGUUAAUCUAGCAAGCAUAAUAUUUAGAAAAUAAAGAUAGAAAAAUAUCUGUGAUGAUUAAAAAGAUUAAAAAAGGAAAAUAAGGAAAAUUUUAAUCUAGAAAUACUUCUUAAAUUAUUGUUUAAAGUUCUAAAAUUUAUAGAGAAAGAGCUAAGACCUAAAUGAAUUAACAAAAUAACCCUGAAAACUACAAUGUAUCAAACCCAGUCUCUUAAAUUUAUAUUCAAAGAGCAUUUGAUUAAAGUAAUAUAAAAUAAAACCACAGAUCUGAAAGUGUUUGCUCUUCUUACAGUGAUAUCUAGGAUGCAAAUGAUAGUUUAAACUAAUAGCAAUAAAUAGCUGCCUUAAAUGAUGAUAUUCAAGACUUACUUCCUUGGAAUAAUGUUUAAGAUAAUUAUACCUUGGCAAUUACUGGAAGAGCUUUUUCAAAGAUUAUCAGUUAGGCUUCAGAAAGCAAAUAAAAGGCUUAGCUAUUAAGAACUAUGCUUCUUAAAACAUAAAUUUUUGCCAGAAUGAGACCAGAAGAAAAGGCUCUUUUGCUUCAAAUGCUACAAGAUUUACCAUGGAAACCUACUUGUGGUAUGUGUGGUGAUGGUGCAAAUGAUUGUGGAGCCUUAAAAACUGCUGAUAUGGGUAUUUCUUUAUCAGAAGCUGAAGCAUCAAUAGCUGCGCCUUUUACAUCAAAAGUAUAAGAUAUUUCUUGUGUGGUAGAGUUACUCAAAGAAGGAAGAGCAGCAUUAGUUACGAGUUUUUCUUGCUUUAAGUUUAUGGCUUUGUAUUCUAUGAUUUAGUUCUUUACAACAACAAUUUUAUAUACUGUUAAUUCAGUACCAGGAGAUAUGCAAUUCUUAUAUUGGGAUCUUGUUAUCAUUAUACCACUUGCUUUUCUCAUGGGGCUUACAGAUGCUUAUCCAACACUUUCUAAACAAGUUCCUGGUUCAAGUCUUAUAUCUUUCCCAGUUUUAUGUUCUGUUAUCGGAAUGACUAUUUUAAAUGGAGGUUUUUAAAUAAUUAUGUUCCUUGUUUUAAGAGCCCAAAGUUGGUAUAUGUCAGUUUAUGACAGCCAUUCCUAUUUAGGUGAUUUAGAUGAUCCGGACUCUCGUAAAAGUUGCUAUGAAUCAACAGUACUUUUCUUGUUUGCAAACUUUUAAUAUAUUGCUACUUGCAUAGCUUUCUCGAUUGGUAAACCUUUCAAGAAAGAGUUUUAUACAAACGUUUGGUUUACAAUAUGUCUCGUCUUAAUUAGUUUAUGCUCAUUAUAUAUUUUAUUAUUGCAAGAUAGCUUUACAACUAGCUUCUUAAACAUUUUUGAAUAAGUUCAACUUGAUGAUAACGAACCUAUAUCUGAAAUGCCAAGAACAUUUUUAGUAGUCAUUUUAGGUAUUGCUUGUGCUAGUUCUUUGGUUAACAUCAUUUAUGAAAAAUAUGUAGUUGCCAAAUUAGCUGUCAUAGUCAAAAAUAAAAAAGAUUAGAGCAGAAGUCAAACACUAUUAGACCCUGUUUCAAAAAUUAAAUUUUGA